CAUCAAAUUAAAAAUAAAUUUUGUAAUAGAUUAUUUAAAAAUUCAUUUUUUAUUUUCCGGUUCAUCCCGUCCAUUACAUUAAAUUCAUCGCAUCUGUCAAAAUCAUAUCUCCUCUGCAAAUGAAGAAAAAAAAAAAUCAUUUAACAAAGUCGCUCACUCAAAAAAGGGCGAUUUUCCUUCCCGAAGAAAAACAAAAGUGCAACAUUUUUUAUUUUAAAUUAAUGGUUAUCAACAAAAUAUUGAUUUAAUUUAUUUAACUGUUUUUUUUUUUUCAAAACAAAUUUAUAUCAAUUAUAUUCAAUGAUCAAAGUGAAUCUUCAUAGCCAGUGUGCUACUACAACUUGAAGGAAAGGUAAGGUAGUUCAUUCUCAUUCUACAAACGCAACUAGUGACACAUCUCCACUAGAUGACUCUGCUUUGUACAUCAAAUUUCGUCGGUUUUUGUUGAUAAAAAAAAGAAAAGACAAGAAACAAAAUGUUAAGUUAACUUGAAGACGAAAGUUGGCAAAAAAGAAACUAUAAAUAAAAUUAUUAAUUUUGAUUAAAAACUUUACAAAAUAAUAAACUGCAUGCGGUUUAUAUAACAAAUAACAAACAAAAAAUGAAUCCAAUCGAGACGACAACAACAACAACAGAGCAUUCUUCUUUACAUAAAAGAAUAUUAAUACCUGCUGAUGGGCAAAGUAGUAGUAGCAGCGUCUACUCGCAUAUUUCGUCGUCGUCUUCAUCUUCAAAUAAUUUAAUUGAAGCUAAAGAUCAGAAAAUUAUAACGCCAUCACUUUAUGCCGAUAAAGCAUUCAUUAAACACGUUAUUGGUGCUGCUGGACAAUCAAAUAAUAACCAUAACCAAAAUCAACAACAUUCAAUUUUGAAGAAAACUUCUUCAAGUAUUAUUCAUCAAGUUGUGCCAGUGCCAGCGAAUGCAACAUUUAUAACUUCAACAUCGAGUAAUAUUGUUAAGGCAAUUGUUCGUCCAAAAGUUGACACAGUUGUCAAAUCACAACAACAGCAAUCUGCAUCUUCAACUUGGAGUAGCGAAUAUAAUAAAACUUCUCAAAAGCAACAACAACAACAACAAAUUGUCAUAUCCAACUCUGCUGCAGCAAAUGCUUCUGGUCAACAACAAAGUUUAAUUAAAUUGGUUACUCCAAUUACUUUACCAGGUUUAUCGGAAAAACAUCAAGCAGUUAAAAGAUCUCUUCCAAUGAUUCAACACAAGACUUUCACAACGCCAACCAGUUCGCUUGGAAUGCAGUCUCCUUCGUCAAACAGCCAUAUAAUUUACAAAACAAUAAAUGGUAACUCGGCAGCCAAUUGCACUGAAAUAUAUACCACAGCGUCAUUACUAACCAGACCUACGCCAACACAAAUGUCAAAACGACGUCCAAGUUACAGAGAUGUACAAAUAGUAACAAGUGGCGGCAUCGGUGGUGUUCCCCAGCAAUUAACAAACAGACGUGCAAGUAUCAGAGAUAUUCAAAUAGUACCUACAAAGUCUAUGGACAUACAACCAACAACAAUCAUACGAACCAGUCAAAAUAGUUCCGAAACAUCAUCGCUACCAGUGGAAGUUACACAAAUUUCAUCAACUGUAACCUUAACUAAAACUGCAACUAUGAAUAACAAACAACAAGGAAAAAAUCUUCCGUCGCCAUUGGUCACAAUUGAAAAGAAAAAUAAUCCAACAACAAGUUUACUUAAUUCUCCCAAACAAAGUAUAAGUGUUUUUGGAAAUUGCAGUGGAGACCAUCGAAGGUCGCUAGAUGAGUCUUUCACUGAAGGAGGACAAAAGAGUUUGCUUAUCAAGCAGCCAUCACCUACAAAUUUUGUAGUCAAAAGUCCACCGAAACCAGCACCACCACCACAAGUCAGAUCACGACAGCAGUCUUUGUUGAAGGUAAAUAGUUUGGCACGUUUAUUGACAACUAGUCCAAGGACAAAGCGCUCAAAAUCAAUGACUUCUAUGGGAAAUCAAAUAAAAAAACGUGGUCGUCCACGCAGAAAUAGACGACUAUCGACAGCUUCCGAUGGAGAAUUAUUACAAAAAGCUGUGGAACAACUUUCUUUAGGUUCUGAAGAAAAUAUAACAAAAGUAAAGAAAGAACCAUCGCCUUCAGUCGUCGAAGUUCCAACAACAAUAAGUCCAUCAUUGCUUUGUAAUGACAAAGUAGAAAAGAUUCCAUCAUCAAGCAGCAAUAAUAGCAGCUUGGAAUUGACUCCUCAAAAAGAUUCCAAAACAACGGUUAAAACUGUGGACACGACAUACUUUAACUCUGCCCAUAUGAAUAUGGUUUUGGGGAUGCUGUCCACCUUCAAUAUGCUCACCUGGAAGGAACGCGUUGGCAUGUGCAAGCAAAGCGAAAUGAAAUUCCAGCUAAACGAAUUGAAUCUUGUACAAAUUGCUGAAAAAUGUCAACAGCGUAAUAAAGUUCAUACUGCGUAUGAAAAGCCCAUCUUUGAACGUGAUUCGACCGCCAAGGCUAAAAACUAUUCAGAUGCUCUGUACUGCUGCCGGCGGUGUGAGUGCCAUGGAGCAGCUGUUGAUUUUCUAGCUCCUGACUUUUGUUCGUACGAUUGUUUCCGUCGAGAAUCGCGAAAACGAUCGAAAGUAAACAUCGUUACCCGUGAACACGAAGUUCGUGAGCGAUUUAAGAAAGCCAAAGCAGCACCGCAGCUGCCUGAAAUUGUUGAAGUUAAACACUUGACGCCGAAACGUUUCUUUACUUGGGCUUCACAUUUAACCUCAAGCAAUGCUCAACAAGCUCCUGUUGACUUAUUUCCGAAUCCUUAUCCAUGUGGAGCUAAUCUAUUCGAAGUUGGAAUGAAACUUGAGGCCAUUGAUCCAGAGCAUAAUUCUUUGUUCUGUGUAUGUACGGUUGUGGAGAAGAAAGGCUAUCGUUUGAAUUUGAAAUUUGAUGGCUAUUCCAAGAUUCAUAACUUUUGGGUGAAUGCUGAUUCCAUGGAUAUCUUUCCACCUGGUUGGUGUGCUAAAACUAAUCGAGUACUGCAGCCUCCCAAGGGUAUGAACUUGCUGUCAUUUAAUUGGCCAGCGUAUUUGAAUAGCACCAAGAGCAGUCCGGCAUUAAGAAGUUUAUUUACGCAUUUAAAUUCAUCUUCCAAGAGAAAUCCUUUUAAAAUUGGUAUGCGUUUGGAAGCAGUUGAUUUGAAGAAUACAGGAAAAGUUUGUGUUGCCACAGUUGCUGAUGUCCUGGACAAUCGGAUAUUAGUUCAUUUUGAUGGAUGGGAUGAAAGCUAUGACUAUUGGAUUGACAUUAAUUCACCAUACAUUCAUCCCAUUGGUUGGCACAAACAAAACGGAUUAGAAUUAGUUCCGCCACCCGAUUGGGAUGAAUACUUUGAUUGGCCAGAAUAUCUUGAAUUUAUGCGCAGUGAAGCAGCAUGGCCUUCGAUGUUUUUGCGACGUGAUCCAAUUGAAUUUAGUGCCGGAAUGAAAUUGGAAGUUGUCGAUUUUAAAAAUCCAUCACUCAUUCGUCCCGCAACAGUGUUGUGUCGAAAUGAGUAUAAAAUUUUGGUACACUUGGAUGGCUGGCCCAAGGAUUUAUCAUAUUGGGUUAAUGAUGAUUGUACAGAUAUACAUCCAAUUAGAUGGGCAGAAGAAACUGGUCAUGAUUUAGAACCUCCACCAGGUUUUGAACAGUUAGAAACAGUUAUGCCAUGUCCGGUAUAUGGUUGUCGAGGUAUUGGCCAUGCAACACGCAUUGAUGUUUAUUUCCAUGCCAACAGAGAUACCUGCCCGUACGAAGCGAAAAAUUGGAAUAAUGAAAUUGAAAAGCCAUCACGAAUAGAUGAAGUUGGAAGGUAUACAUACGAUGAAAAAAUGUUGAUUAAGCAAGAAAGUGAAGUGAAAACAUUUGAUCUUAUUGAAACUACGAAAAAAGAAUCUAAUAAAAAGGCGCCACCUGUUGAGAAAACUCGUUCAUCAUCUGACAAGAAAACCACAAUCAAAAUAGAAAAACAAAAACAACAGCAACAAGAACAACAACAACAAAUGGAAACGGACCCAGUUUCAUUGGAAAAAGAAAUUCAUAUAGCUCGCGAAUAUCUUUGCGAUUACGGUCCACGUCUUAAGCAAAACUACAUGAUAUGGCGCGACAAUAGUAAUUUCAAUUCGAAUUCCAUUAAAAAGAAUCCACUCGAAUGGACAACAGACGAAACAGCUAAUUAUAUAUCUACAAAGUGCCAUCCCAUCGGACAUCUCUUUAAACGUGAAGACAUCGAUGGAGCUGCUCUCCUAAGCAUGCAUCAAUCUGAUCUCACAGAUAUUUUAAAUCUUAAAUUGGGCCCUUCCAUAAAGAUUUUCUCGCAUAUAUUGCAUCUAAGACAGCAAGUGGUUUCGCGGUUCAUUAAAACCACAAAAUAA